ACCCGAAUGGCGCGCUAGCUGUGUGAAGUUUCUUGUUCAGAGCAGUGCAGUUUAGCCGGCUGAAACAAAGUUUUAUCAAAGAGGAGAAUCUUAUUAUUUCAGCGUAAUUUCACGGCAGAGUAGGAUGGCUGGCUUCAACGGAGGCGAUGUGAGUCGCUCGCUGCGAGACGCUCUCUAUGACAGCUUGACAGCAAUUCUUUCACCUCAACAAGAUGUUCGGAAUCUAGGAGAGGAGCAGCUGAAGGUCCUCGAGGUCACAGAAGAGUUUGGAGUACAUCUGGCUCAGCUGACACUUGAUCCUAACGGUGCUUUGGCAAUCAGACAGCUUGCGUCACUUAUUUUGAAGCAGUAUGUUGAAGCCCAUUGGAACAAAGAAUCGGAAAAGUUUAACCCGCCAGUUACCACAGAUGAGGCCAAGACAGAAAUCCGCAAGAUGCUACCAGUGGGACUGCGUGAGUCAAUCAGUAAGGUUCGCUCUAGUGUGGCGUACGCCAUCUCUGCUAUUGCAUCAUGGGAUUGGCCAGAGUCGUGGCCGGAGCUUCUGACGGAGCUGAUGGACUUGAUCACCAGUGGAAACGGUGACGCCGUCCAUGGUGCAAUGAGAGUACUUACAGAAUUCACAAGAGAGGUAACCGAUGUUCAGAUGCCACACGUAGCCCCCGUCAUUCUCCCAGAAAUGUAUCGCAUCUUUGUCCAGGCCGACAUGUACAGUAUACGGACCAGAGGCAGAGCGGUUGAGAUCUUUAAUGAAUGCGCUAAUAUUAUCUACAACAUCAUGAGCAUCAGUGAUGCAACAAAGGAUGCUGCCAAAUCUCUCCUGUUUCCAGUUCUACCAAAGUUUACAGAAGCGUUUGCUCAUGCACUAAAUGUUCCUUAUGGAGCAACAUCCGACUGCGGACUCAAAAUGGAAGUCAUCAAGGCUCUGACGACACUGAUUAAGUUCUUCCCAAGUUACAUGAGUAAAUGGAUGGGUCAGAUCUUACCUACCAUAUGGACAAUGUUAACGGAGUGUGCAACCAUCUAUGUAGCGACAUGUGUGAAUGAUUCAGAAGAGAUCGAUAAUCCAGUGGACUCCGAUGGGGAGGUAUUGGGCUUUGAGAAUCUGGUCUUCAAAAUCUUUGAGUUUGUCACAGCUAUGAUCGAGACGUCUAAAUUCCGAAGUUUGGUGAAGAAGAACAGUAGCCUGUUGAUGUAUUACUUGGUGAUGUACAUGGAGAUUACGGAAGAGCAGGUCAAGCAAUGGACAGAGAAUCCCAAUCAGUUUGUAGUUGACGAAGACGAUGAUUCUUAUUCCUACAAUGUCCGCAUCUCAGCCCAAGAUCUCCUCCUGUCCCUCGCUGGUGAGUUCCCUCAGGAGAGUGCUGUUGGUAUCGUUCAAGCUGCUAUGAAACAUCUACACGAUGCAGAUCAGAACAUCGACACACCAGCAGGAGCAAAUUGGUGGAAAGUUCAUGAAUCGUGCAUGCUAGCGUUAGGUUCCAUCAAGUCACUCAUCAUUGACAGGACGGCCAGCGGGAAGUUGACCUUUGACAUGAACUCCUUCCUGACCAACAUUGUACUCAGUGACCUCAACAAACCAGUCUCGCCAUUUUUACUUGGACGGGCGCUGUGGGCAGCCAGUAGAUUUUCAUUAGCCAUGUCUCCAGAUUUAAUUCAAAGAUUUUUAGUGUUUACAGUCAAGGGUCUCGAGGCAACCCAACCCCCUGCGAUAAGAAUAUCAGCAGUGCGAGCUAUCUAUGGUUUCUGUGAGCAUCUUAAGACGUCAGGAAGCACACAGAUCAUCGUGCCUUACCUUCCGGAGAUCAUGGAGGGAUUGAUUCAACUAGCGACGCAGUUUAACAAUGACGUACUCUCACUAGUACUAGAGUGUGUUUGUGUUGUACUUACGAUAGAUGACGCCUUUACAGUACAAUAUGAAAGUAAAAUUGCACCACUCACGAUAGCCCUAUUCUUAAAAUAUAAUCAAGAUCCAGCCACGACGUCACUGGUGGAAGAGAUUUUCCGAGAGCUAUGCAGUAGACGAGGGUGUCAGGACUCAUUGCAUGCAAGGUUACUGCCUACCCUUGUCAGUAUACUUGUUGCUCCAGUUGAGAAAGUGCCCAUCGGCUUACAGUCGACGACGCUGGAUAUUUUAACAGUGGUCGUUCGGAAUAGUUCGGUCCCUUUGUCUGACACACUCAUCAACAAUGCCUUCCCAUCUGUAGCACAUUGCACACUAAAGACCGAUGACAAUGCAACAAUGCAGAGUGGUGGUGAGUGCCUUCGUGCAUACGUUGCCGUCGCCUACAACCAAAUCGCCUCAUGGCAGGAUGCAGAGGGUCGUAGCGGUCUAAAGUACGCCAUCGAGGUCGUCACACGGCUACUCAACCCGUCAACAUCGGAGUUCACCGCGGCCUUUGUUGGAAGACUGGUUGCGAUACUCAUCACGAAGGCCGGCAGCGCUCUGGGGGAUAACUCUGAUAUGAUCUUGAGGGCGGUGUUGAGUAAAAUGCAGCAGGCUGAGACGUUGAGUGUUACGCAGUCUCUUUUGAUGGUCUUUGCACAUCUUAUGCACAGUUGCAUGGAGGACGUGCUAGAGUUCCUAAGCAGUGUCCCUGGUCCUACUGGCAAACCUGCGCUAGAAUUUGUAUUAACCGACUGGGUCACGAGGCAGAAUAUGUUCUAUGGCGCAUAUGACAGCAAAGUCAGUAUAACGGCGUUGAGUAAACUCCUACAGCACAUGAUCAAUAAACCAGAUCAACGAUUAGAAGGAAUUAUCGUCAAAGGAGACCAAAUCUUCAAUCCAGCAGAGGGGAUACGGACAAGAUCGAAAGCAGCCCAAUCACCGGAGCAAUGGACCAGUAUUCCUCUUCAAGUGAAGAUCUAUAAGUUAUUAUUAAAUGAGCUACUCAAUGCAAUGGAGAGCAACGUCUCGCAGCAAGCAUCGGCUGGAGGAGAGGAUCUUGAAGAGGAUGAUGGUUGGGAGGAAGGUGAAGAUGAGGAUGAAUAUGAAGAUGAUGAUGAUGGUGAUGAGGGGCCACUGAGUGAGCAGGCUUUACUAGCUCAGCUAUCUGACUACUCAUCAGGUCUUAUCUACCCUGGAUUGCAUGAUCUUUGUGGGGAUGAGGUUGAUGAGGAGGAGGAUGACCCAGAUGCUCUGAAUGAUCCUAUCUUUCAGCUUGAUCUUCAGGCGUAUCUUACUGACUUCAUGCAGCAACUAUCCCACCAGCCUUGCCACGGCCUCUUCACACCCCACCUAACCUACAAUGAGAAACAGUUAUUAUCAAGCAUAGGAGUGUCAGUAUGAGUGGAACCAGACUAUUUUAUUCACGGUCAGUGAGGAUGGUAUAAUAGAGUCGAGUGUGAAAAUGGUGAAUGCGUUUUUUGGAUGCGAGGAUAGUCGGCCGUGAGUUGCCAACUGUUAACAUUGUAAUGGCUCAAACAAAUUCCAUGAAAAUGGUAGUGUGACCCGUCAACCAAGCAACCUCUAGAAAUAAGUCAUUUAUGGCGUCGUGCUUUUAGUUGUUGGACUGAAUGUAAAGGGUUCUGUUUUCAUAGGCUAGGGUUUCAACGAUUCUGACGCUAUUCAAAGAUUGCAGUAGGUUGGUGAAAAUUGGUAGUGUGACCCUGUCAAUCUCCAGAAAUGCUAUCGAGUCAAACAUGGCGUCUUGCUCUAAGGUUGUUGGACUGACUCUUAAGGGCGCUGUUUUCAUAGGCUUUCAACAAUUGUGUUUUUAUGGAAUGCAAAUAAUAUUUGACAAAGUCACUUCUGAGAUUCAGUUUAAUGGAUCUUGAUCUUGAUGUCUUUUAAGAGAAGUUUAAAUGCAAAAAUUUGUAAAGCUUUUUUCCCUCUUCAGUCUACGUCUAAUCUCGCAAGAAAGUCAUCCAUGAACUGUAGGCAGCAAUUGUAUCCACUACCUAAAUUAUGACAUAAGUACAAUUUCAGAUAGAUUUUAAAAGAAAACCUAGAUUGAAAUAAAAUCCUUGUUUGUUUCUGUGCCAAAACCAAGACAACUAGUGAAAUGUUAGUAAUGCACUCACAAAAUAAUAGAUUGCUUAUUAUUCAGUACUGAAAAUGAGUGCUGAAAAAAGGCAAUGCAUUAAGCUUAGGGUUGGGGAGUAACAAUAAUAAAACUAUAGGCAGAAUUUAAUGCGUGUUGGUCUUAGAGGAACAGCUGUUAACAGCUCGUGAAACUUUUCAGCUCUGCAGCUGAUGUCCUCAGUUGAAGUUUUUCAAAAAUUGAAAAACACAAGAGGAAGCCUUGCGGUACCCGGAAAACUCCCUCUUUUUUUGGCAACCCGUUGUUGCAUUCCUGAAGUAUGGUUUAUUAAAAGUAACGAUACUAUUUAUUUAUUGUUUUGUUUUUGCUCAAUUGUGUUUUUAAGUAUGACGUAGGAUUGUUAUUAACCAAAAGGACUUCCGAACAUUUCUUUUACUUUUUGUUUACUUGAUGAUGGCACACAAUAAUCCCGAUUAUUGUCUUUUUCGAAAAAAUACUGCCAUUUUGUGAUGAUGUUAUCUCUUAAUUCUAAGAGUUUAAUUUUGGUUAAAAAAAAUCUAAAUGAGUCGAAAUCGCCGCUAAAAUUACAAUGUUUCCUUGCAACAAGACGACAUGUGAAUCCCAAUUGAAUAAAUUCACCCUUUGAAUGGAGUGACUGUUGUGAAAUAUUAAAUUGAAUAAACUCUUAACGAAAACCAAAACAAUGUUUUGUUUAUACCUUAAUAUAGAAGGUAGCAUUCAAUAACUCCAAUACUACACGCACAACUAUUCUGUGAAAUAGUUUUAGUAAGAUGUUAGUAAUUAACAGCAAUUAUAACACACCUCUUGCUUGUUCUGUAUUCUGGGUGGCUGAAACACGAUCACGUAGGAUGAACUAAUAUAGUCCCGUGAUCGUGUGCCCGUGUUUUACGAGAACUAGUUCCCGAGCGGGCACUAGUCUUAGAAAAUGUGCCCGGUUACACUGCCCUCUCUUGACUUGAACCAUGAACAGCAACUACAAAACUUCCUUUCUUUUCCAGAUUUCUGUUCUUAUUU